UUUUUAACUGUGAUUGGUCCUAGUUUUAUACUGCCUCGUUCAGGUGGGAUCAACGCAGCCCACGACAUAGCCUUCAAUCCUUACGCCGCACCAUUCAUUCCCAGUACUGCUCCUCCAGAAUUCAUCGACAGUACGACUCAGGAACCUUUCGAGAACACCAGGGGACAGACCUAUCGCGAAAAUAUGAGUUUCGCUUUCGACCAACGUGGAAGCCGACCUUUCCGGCCAAUGCGAGAGUAUAAUCGUAGUCGGAUACCGAAUGCAGGAGUCGUUCCUAAUACAGCUCAAGGAUAUCAAGCUCCAAACCGAAAUGUUUCCAAUAAAAACCGAGGCGGUCAGGUACAAGGUCGUCGAAGAACUGUGCGCAGGAUGGAUUCGGAUGAUCAAAGCUACCAGGACAAGCCAAUGAGAGGUGAAAUACAAUAUUUACUUCUUCAUUCAGACUUUGAUGAUCAACGGGGUAUUUGGUCCUGCAAAACAUGUUAUCAUAUGUUCCACAUUUCCAAUGGUUGCAUCAUCAAUUGGGCAAAGAAAAGCCGAGAGGACGACAACAAAUGGAGAUGUCCUACCUGUCAAACAAAAUAUGGAACAAUCCCGUACAACUACUUCUGCUUUUGUGGUAAGCAGCGUAACCCCAAUCCUCCAAUAGGAGAAGUGCCUCAUUCUUGUGGCAACAUUUGUGGUGGUCAGCGGGCCCCAGGUUGCCCACAUCGUUGUAAUGAACCUUGUCAUCCGGGACCAUGCCCAGAGUGUCCAGUAAUGCUUACAAAACGAUGUAACUGUGGUAAUGUGCAGAAAGCCAUUCGUUGUGGUUCGGCUGUUGAAGUAAAGUGCGACAAGGUGUGUGACCGACUACUUGCCUGUGGAAAGCAUCGUUGCGAACAAGUUUGCCACGAAGGGAAUUGCGGCCGUUGUGAAUUGAAAAUAAUUCAAAAGCAAAUUCUUAUUUCAACCCUUUCAGCUUGUUUCUGUGGAUCAUCUUCACGCGAAGUGCUUUGCUAUGAAAAAGGCGAUUCCGACAGUUACUCUUGUGGAGCGCCGUGCUCUGGAAUGUACACGUGUGGCGUUCAUCAGUGUACGAGAAGUUGCCAUUUGAUGGGCGAUUCUGGAUGUGGGCCAUGCCCGUCGGCACCUGAGCGUAUUACGCAUUGUCCUUGUGGACGCUGUACGCUAGAAGAGUUAGGUAUCGAGCGGAAAUCGUGCCAUGAUCCAAUACCGACAUGCAAAAAUGUCUGUGCAAAAGUGUUGAAAUGUGGUGCUGCCGAUAAGAAACAUCGUUGUCGAGCGUUAUGCCACCAAGGAGAAUGUCCACCUUGUGAUUUGAACACAAGUGUUGUUUGUCGCUGCAAGCAGGUGAAGCGAACAUUACCCUGUGUGGAGUACGUGCAUUUCGCAGGUGAAUUCUUGUGCGAAAAGCGGUGUAAGAAAAGGAAAUCAUGUGGAAUUCACAAAUGUCAAGAAUUAUGCUGUGUGCAGAAAGAGCACCUGUGCUUACAGAUUUGUAAUAAGCGUCUCUCUUGCGGCCUACAUUUUUGUGAGAGUAUUUGCCAUGCUGGUCAAUGCCCGAGGUGUCUGAACUCGAGCUUCGAAGAGCAAUACUGCCAUUGCGGGCGUACAAUGCGUCCACCACCUGUGCCUUGUGGCGCGCCUCUGCCGGAAUGUGAUGAGCCAUGCGCUCGACCACACGCUUGCAAUCACCCUGUCACACAUCAUUGCCACGGCGACGAGCGUUGCCCACCUUGUACAGCUCUAGUCGAGAGGAUGUGCUAUGGGAAGCACGAGCUACGUAAAAACAUCCCUUGCCACAUCGAGGCUGUUUCAUGUGGUAGGCUGUGUGACAAACCACUGGGUUGCGGAGUACAUAAUUGCAAUAGAAAUUGCCACGCCGGGGAUUGCAUGAGGGAGGGUGAAAAGUGCACACGACCUUGUAUGAUUUUACGUCGGCCAUGUGAGCAUCCAUGCUCUUUGCCUUGUCAUGGGCUGGAUCCGUGCCCGGAGUCGGAAUGUCGUCAUCCAGUCAACGUAACAUGUGAGUGUGGGAAGCGGAGAAGCACACUGAAGUGUGUUGAGGUAAGAUUUGCUAAGAGGAAGGAAAGCGAAGGCGAUCCAAGUAAUGAAUCGGCUGGUGUAGGAUCUUUGAAAAGAUCAGCCAGUAUGGAAAAACUGAACUGUUUGCCUUGUGAUGAUGAGUGCAAGAAAUCAGCUCGCAAUAAGAAACUGGCUGAAGCUUUGAAGUUGGUAACUGAUGAGAACGGUAUGCUGGAAAGGGAACCCACUAUUACUUUCACGGAGUACAUGAAGGUUGAAUUGCGUACUAACGCUGCAUUCGUCACCGAGUCAUCUGCUCAAUUGUUUUCUUGUUUUCAGCCAACUUUCCUUGGUUCGUCACUGAACCAUAACUUCCGUCCGAUGUCUGUGGACAAGCGCCGCUUUAUACACGAAUAUGCAGUCUUCUUUUCGAUUGAGACCGCUGGAGUUGAUGAUCCACCGAAGCGAAGUGUUAUAGCAACUGCGAAGAGCAGUUUCAACGAUGAUCCUAAACGGAAAAGUGAGCAAGCGGCGGAAGAAGCGUCCACGACGUCGUCCAUGAAAGCUCUUCGUGGUGGUCGUCUUUUCAAAAAACGUGUGGCUCCUGAAUUAGCUCGUCCAGCGCCUCUCCCGCAGUUCAAUCAUUUCGCUGUCUUGAGAAGUGACGACGAAGAUACAGAGCCGCAAGCUCCAUCGAGAAAAGCGGAUAAUGUAAAGAAUCCGGACUGGUGGAGCGAUGAGGAGGAGGAGGAGGAAAUCGACUCGUCCGAUGGGGCGGAUCAGGAAAUCAUUGCUCUAAUGAAGGAUAUUGUUCUUCAAGUAUGCGAGACAGAACGUCGUGAUGAACAGCAGGAACACGAUUUGCUAUCGGCGGGAUGUAAGGACUCGUGGAGUGAUGAGGAGUGA